UGAAAUCAUCCCUUCCACCGAUAUUUCCAUCACCCCCUUCCAUCAUCACCCCCACCAUGAAGUUGGGGAAGGGAUGAACACCGCCACAGCCUGCACGCAGACACAGACUGUACUACCAGGGAGUGGAGAAUUUCCCGGCACGAUAGGAGCGCGCUAGGGGCGAUUGGCGUGGAGGCGGUAUCCUUAAGGGUGCGAAAGAGUAACGUAUAUGUGACUAGGGGCAGCAGAUUUCCAAAACCCCUACGCAAAGAGCGGGGACGAGCAAGCCGGCUUCGUCAUCUCAGUAGACCCACGGUUUCCGGACUCUACGGACAAACCAGAUAUUUCAAUCACGGUGCAUAUCUCACAACACAUAUCUUUGGAAAGACUAUUUCAAUCGUCACACGGCUUGAGGAAAGACUGAAAACAACGUAAAGAGAAUGCAGGCUAUCGUAGGGUUGCUGAGCUUUCACGUGUUGCUCGCGAGCAACAUAAUGGGAUCGAAGGGUCAGCAGUACGGUGUCCAUCCGGCGAACCCCGAGCUGGGUAUCCCGGUUCAAAUAUCGGGAGGGCUUACCGAGAAACGGGGAAAUAUGGAGGAGCCAUCUUGCGAGGAGCUCAGAGCCAUGUGGAGAUACAGCAAGAGGCAGAGCAGAGCUGCAGAAAUCACCAACGAAAUACCAACCUACCGCGAUCCGUUCUCGUACAACGUUUGGGAGCCCUAUCUAGACCGGACGCAGUCGUCCCUGGUCUAUCGGGGACCCACAGGUCCUGCCAGAGUCCGCGGAGCGGGUGGCGUGCCGAUAUUCGGAAGAAUAGUCCACAAAGCUCCCGCGGGUCAUCAACUGCGGAACGGCAUGCCCGACAGAACGCGAGCUUUCGAGGAGGUGACGCGCCAUUAUGGAACGGUAAAUCGUCACCCCUCACAGUCACCCCGUCGUCGCCUGACGAAUUUCCGGCACGUGGGUGGAGCUUCGCCCUCAUCCCAAGACAGCAUCUCCCACGUUCCUCAGGCCGGAAGCUUUCAGCACUUGAAGGAACUCAUCCGCACCGAACGAGCCCGAGAACUCCAGGAGCAACGUAUCGCCGAAGAAGUAGCUGCGCGGGCUGCGGCAAUCAAGGAGAUGACAAACGGACAUAGACAAAGCAAGCCGGAGACUCGUCAGCACUACUUGAACUCCCUGCAGUCCUACAACGACAUGAAAAACGUCAACUACAACGACUACGACCAGGUGCAAUACGUCUCGAACAUGGCAAACCUUGGGCAGUCCCUGUCGAGAGGCGAUCAGUACGGGAGGGGAUACUCGCUUCGUUAGGUAAGCAAUUCUUUCGUGCGACGGCGAUGACAACUGAACGCGAUAACGACUCAUGCAAACGGCCGAUUACAAAGAAGAAAAAUAUACGGUAUUACGAUUAUGAUCGAUCGAUCGAUCGAAUCUUCAGCCGCUGUCUUGAUAAUGAUUUUUAAAUUCCCGAUAGGUACACAUUGCAUAAUCACACAUGUGUACUUAUCCGAGAUCCCGUGAAAUCCAAGAUCGCGAUUCAAGUUAUACCUUCACCGUCUCACCGAUAUUUCAGACGCAAUUGCCUGAACAUUAAAGCCACAAUUGUUUUCUUAUACUUUCUCACAAAUUUACUAUGUUUUGCGAUUCCAUUCCACGGUGAGACGUGAUUUUUUAUUUUGUCUCCUUUUUUAAAACAUAUCAAUUUAAUAUUAUAAAGUAUAGCGAGUGCGUAUAUAACGAAGGAGAAAAACAAGCCCUCAAAUAGUAGGAAAUUUUCACGGAACACCUUUGAACAGCACCGCUACACUAUUAUUCGAGAUCGAAUUAUACAACGCGGCUGAGAGCAUCGCGAAAUAAUACUUUUCUUAUUUCUCAAUUUUUCCCUACGAUGACUGAUCAGUAUAAAACUUGAGUAGCUGAAAAAUAUUUCCAUAAAAAUCAUUCUACAAUCCCAUUGUUAGCGAAAAAUUCAAUACGAUGAAUCAGGUAUCAAUGAAGCGAAAUUUUUUUUGAAAUACAAAACAUACUUUUUUUUCCUUCUGCUUUUGUUUUUAUUGCAAAACUAGUGAUCCCAAUAUUUAUAUACCAUUUUUUACAAACAUAUCAUUCUUGAUCAACGCUCUCUCAGGUGGAAAAUUUUUUUAUUACGCAUAAUUUUUUCAAUUCAGUUUGUCUUCGUUUCUAAGAAGAUAAUUAAACUUGCUGACUGUAACUUUCAAUUAUACUAAACUUUAAGCCUAAUAAUGUUAAUUAACGUGCGACAAUAUUGAAUAGCGUGUGAGAAGCUCGCGUGCAGCGUUGGAGAGAAAUAGAAAAAAUUUCACGCGGUAUUUUUAUUAUUUUUCUAUUCCUAUAGAGUUCGUAUAGUUUACCUUGCACUUCCACACGGAAUUUUAAAUGAACGCUAAACAAUGUACGGAGAAUAUGAUAAAUUUUAUUAUCAGAUAAA